UGCUCGUGCGUGUUUGUAGAUUCGCGAAUUACUAGAGAUUUCGAUUUUCUGAAAGUGAUUGAGACGUGAAUUUGGCGUGAUCACCUGUUAAAUACCACGUUUGAAGUGUUUUUAAUAAUCGAGAUUAUUUUAGUAACUUAAAAAAGUAGAAACAUGUCUCUUUUCGGGUCUUUGAUGGGGGAUGUGGAAGACGAUCCUUUUUUCGGCUCCCACAUGCGCCACAUGCGUCAAAUGAACAACAUGAUGAACUCGCUGUUCUCCGACCCGUUCGGCAUGCUGGGCGGGCCGCUGUCGCUCAUGCCGCGCUCCAACAUGGGCAUGGGCAUGGCUGGCAUGAGCAUGAUGCCCUUCAUGCCGCAGAUGCCGCAGAUGAACAGACUCUUCACUGCUGACCUAGACGGGCCAAUGACUACCGGCAGUUCCUUCAGUAGCAGCACUGUCGUCAUGUCUUCCGGUGGACCCAACGGAAAACCUCAGGUGUUCAGCUCGACAAGCAGCACAAAGAUUGGGCCCAAUGGCAUUAAGGAGACUCGCAAGACUUUACAGGACUCCCGUACCGGCACUAAGAAGAUGUCUAUUGGCCAUCACAUCGGCGACCGGGCUCACAUAAUGGAGAAGGAACAGAAUGUUUACUCCGGGGACCAGGAGGAGACACAGGAGUUCAUCAACUUGGACGAAGAUGAGGCGGAGGAUUUUGAUAGAGAGUUCCAAGUGAAAGCCGGAGCCUACACCGGCAGCGGGCGCGCCGCCAUCGCCGGCGCACCCGCGCCCCGCGCGCCGCGCCUCGCCAUAGAAGCGGCCCCGGCGCCCGCGCCCGCGCCCGCGCCCGCGCACGCGCACGCGCCCGCAGCGCUGCCCAAUUCGAAUAGCGAACGCGACCGCCGCGCCAUUCGGCCCGCUUCGCGCCGCCCGCUCAGAACUACCGCCAGCCCGCUCGCGCACGGCGCCGCCAGUUCGUCCGUUCGCUCCGUGUACGGCGGCUCUCAUCCGCAGCGCCACCGGCACGACCGCCCGCGCAACAAGCGGCCCUCCCCCGCAGACCACUAGCCACUGACAACAGGAUCUGAUAGGCGGUAACCUCUGUAUUAUGCUAACUUCACUUGGAGUAGCAAAUAUGGCGCGAUAUUAUGGGGUUUGAUCGAGAACGAUUUGCAUCAAUACCUGAUUUUCUGUUCAAAAAGUGGUGUCCCCUGCCGCCUUAACACAGGAACUGAUAGGCUCUGUAUUAUGUUAACUUCAAUUUGGAUAACUCGUAUGGCGCGAUAUUAUGGGGAACGGGGAAAGUGCGACUUCCUCGCUGACCACUAGCCACUGACACAACAGGAUCUGACAGGCGGUAACCUCUGUAUUAUGCUAACUUCAUUUUGAGUCUCAAAUAUGGCGCGAUGUUAUGAGGAAAUAUCCAAGACGAUUUGCAUCAACAGCUGAUCUUCUGCGCAAAAAGUGGUGUUCCCUGCCUACAA